AUGGACGGGGUUGAAAUCACCAAGGCCGUUCUGAAUAAAGGCAAGCAGAUGGCGAGUGUCGCUGCCUCCGCUGCCAAUGGCAAUGGCGGUAAGAAGAGAAGAAAAGGGACCGACUUAAAGCCGAUCGUCACCAACGACGCCGCCACGCCUGGAGUCGACCCAGCGACCACCACCACCACUGAGGGUGGCAGGGUUCCCGCAUACGGCGUCCCACCAUCGCGCUCAUCGUCCUCGUCUUCCGGCGAAGAACUCGAGACCACCGCGGAGGAAGAGGACUCGGAAGACUACUGUAAGGGUGGUUACCAUCCCGUCUCGGUCGGCGAAACAUACAACAAUGGUCGUUAUGUGGUCGUGCGCAAGUUAGGGUGGGGUCACUUUUCGACUGUCUGGCUGUCCCGCGAUACGACAACCGGGAAGCACGUCGCCCUCAAGGUCGUCCGUUCCGCGGCUCACUACACCGAGACUGCCAUCGAUGAAAUCAAGCUGUUGAACCGAAUCGUCCAAGCUAAACCAUCCCACCCUGGUCGCAAACAUGUUGUCAGUCUACUGGACUCGUUUGAACACAAAGGGCCCAACGGUGUCCACGUCUGCAUGGUGUUCGAAGUGCUGGGAGAAAAUUUGCUCGGGUUGAUCAAGCGAUGGAACCACCGCGGCAUUCCUAUGCCGUUGGUGAGGCAGAUCACGAAACAAGUACUACUGGGAUUGGACUAUCUCCAUCGGGAGUGUGGUAUCAUCCACACGGACUUGAAGCCGGAGAACGUGCUGAUUGAGAUUGGCGAUGUGGAACAGAUCGUCAAGACUUACGUCAAGGAGGAGGCCAAGAAGGAGCAAAAGGAAGACAAUCGCAACGGGCGGCGACGGCGCCGGACCUUGAUCACCGGGAGUCAACCCUUGCCAAGUCCACUUAACACCAGCUUUGAUUUCAAGCACAGUUCGCACAACUCCCAUAGCAGUCUAAGUCAGAUGGUGAGCGAGUCAUCUGUUCCGUCUAAUACAGAGAGUUCGAUGAAAGAGCAACUAGGGAUUAAAGAAGACGACGAGAAGCAGAAGCAACGGGAGAAGACUGCUGACUUUCUGGAACGAGAGGUAUCGGGUAUCUCCCUAGACAAGUCCAAGUCAAGUGAGGAUCCGGAGUGUGAUAUAAUCUCUGUGAAAAUCGCCGAUUUGGGCAAUGCAUGCUGGGUCGGCCACCACUUCACCAAUGACAUCCAGACACGACAGUACCGUUCGCCGGAAGUUAUUCUGGGCUCGAAGUGGGGCGCCAGCACGGAUAUUUGGAGUAUGGCCUGCAUGGUAUUCGAACUCAUUACCGGCGACUAUUUAUUCGAUCCACAAUCAGGUACCAAGUACGGGAAGGAUGACGACCAUAUUGCGCAGAUCAUCGAGCUGUUGGGACCGUUUCCCAAGUCUCUGUGUUUGUCGGGCAAAUGGUCUCAAGAAAUUUUCAAUCGCAAAGGAGAACUCCGCAACAUCCAUCGGUUGCGCCACUGGGCUCUGCCGGAUGUUCUACGGGAAAAGUACCAUUUCACCGUCGAAGAGAGCAUGCGCAUCAGCGAGUUUCUACUACCGAUGCUCGAAGUAUCCCCGGAAAGGCGGGCCAAUGCUGGUGGCAUGGCGGCUCACGAAUGGAUGCGGGAUACGCCCGGCAUGGACGCGGUCGACCUGGGAGUACAACCGGGCAGCCGUGGCGAGGGGAUCGACGGAUGGGCGAUGGAAGUCAAGAGGAGAUAA